UAGUGACAGCCAGACCCUGUUGAGUGGAGUGGGGGGUCUAGUGACAGCCAGCCCCCUGGCCUCCCUUACCGUUGGUACGUGUCAUGGGAGUCUAGCGAAAGCCGGACCCUGGUAUGUGGAGUGGGGGUUUGGUGACAGCCAGCGCCCUGGGUCUGAUUCGGCUGCUGUGUGGGGUGGGGGUCUAGUGACAGCUGGACCCCCCUGUACUUGCAUUUGACCAGUGCAUGGGUUGGGGUCUAGUGACAGCCAGACCCUGUUGAGUGGAGUGGGGGGUCUAGUGACAGCCAGCCCCCUGGCCUCCCUUACCGUUGGUACGUGUCAUGGGAGUCUAGCGAAAGCCGGACCCUGGUAUGUGGAGUGGGGGUUUGGUGACAGCCAGCGCCCUGGGUCUGAUUCGGCUGCUGUGUGGGGUGGGGGUCUAGUGACAGCUGGACCCCCCUGUACUUGCAUUUGACCAGUGCAUGGGUUGGGGUCUAGUGACAGCCAGACCCUGUUGAGUGGAGUGGGGGGUCUAGUGACAGCCAGCCCCCUGGCCUCCCUUACCGUUGGUACGUGUCAUGGGAGUCUAGCGAAAGCCGGACCCUGGUAUGUGGAGUGGGGGUUUGGUGACAGCCAGCGCCCUGGGUCUGAUUCGGCUGCUGUGUGGGGUGGGGGUCUAGUGACAGCUGGACCCCCCUGUACUUGCAUUUGACCAGUGCAUGGGUUGGGGUCUAGUGACAGCCAGACCCUGUUGAGUGGAGUGGGGGGUCUAGUGACAGCCAGCCCCCUGGCCUCCCUUACCGUUGGUACGUGUCAUGGGAGUCUAGCGAAAGCCGGACCCUGGUAUGUGGAGUGGGGGUUUGGUGACAGCCAGCGCCCUGGGUCUGAUUCGGCUGCUGUGUGGGGUGGGGGUCUAGUGACAGCUGGACCCCCCUGUACUUGCAUUUGACCAGUGCAUGGGUUGGGGUCUAGUGACAGCCAGACCCUGUUGAGUGGAGUGGGGGGUCUAGUGACAGCCAGCCCCCUGGCCUCCCUUACCGUUGGUACGUGUCAUGGGAGUCUAGCGAAAGCCGGACCCUGGUAUGUGGAGUGGGGGUUUGGUGACAGCCAGCGCCCUGGGUCUGAUUCGGCUGCUGUGUGGGGUGGGGGUCUAGUGACAGCUGGACCCCCCUGUACUUGCAUUUGACCAGUGCAUGGGUUGGGGUCUAGUGACAGCCAGCCCCUGGUAUGUGGAGUGGGGGUCUAGUGACAGCCAGCCCCCUGGCCUCCCUUACCGUUGGUACGUGUCAUGGGAGUCUAGCGAAAGCCAGACCCCAGCGCCCGCGUUUCUCUGGUAUGUGUGAUGGGGGUCUGGUGACAGCCAGACUCCUGGGCUGACAUGGGGCUAGUGUUUCGCAUGGGGGGGUCUAGUGACAGCCAGACCAUUGUGGUCACAUUCAGCCAGUAUGUGGGAGGGGGAUCUAGUAACAGCCAGCCCCCUGUGGUCACGUAUGGCCUGUGUGUGAUAUGGGGGUCUGCAGUGACAGGCAGCCCCUCCGGGCUCGCAUGUGGCUGGGGUGUGGGACAAGGGUUCUAGAGAUAGCCAGCCUUCCCACCCUGGGCUUGUAUACGGCCAGUAUGUGGAAUAGGGGUUUAAGUGAGAGUCAGAGCGCUUGCACACGUGUGGCCAGUGUGUGGGGUGGGGGUCUAGUGACAGCCGGACCCACUGGGUUCAUGCACAGCCGAUGUGUGGAGCUGGAGUCUAGUGACAGCCAGGUCCCCUGGGCUCCUAUGUGACCAGCGUUUAGGGCUGGGAUCUAGUGACAUUCAAACCCCUCUGCACUGGUGUACCAGCUGGUGUGUCAGGCUGUGAUCUGCCGAUGUUCUGAGCCCUUCUGCUCUCAUGUACCAUCUAGCGUGUUGGAUUGGGACCUAGUGAUAACCAUCCCCCCUGCACUUAUGUGUUGGUCCAUCUGUUUGCUCAGGACAUAGUGACGUCCAGACACCUGUGUGCUUCUAUACUGGCCGGUGCAUCGGGCUGUGAUCUGGCAAUUAGGGAUCUGGGAAUAACCGUUUUCUGUGACGUUCUCAUUCUUACUGAGUAACGUCUCCCAGCUCUUUUUAAGAAGAGGUUACUCACCCUGGGCAACCCGCAGUCCCUCUCCAGCAUGUCACUCUGAGAUACCUGUGAAACAGAGCAGGUGAAAUUCAUCCUCAUGGACAGAGUUGCUCAAUUAUUUCUCUGGGUGUCAGGGAUCUCGUGGAGCUGUUUCCUCAUCAUGGGAACUGCUUCCUCUCGAGGGAGAUCCUGUAGCAUGACAUGUACAGUCCUGCUGGCAGGAGCAAGGACACCCUUCCAGAGUUUUAUUUUGAGUAGUUCUCCAACAACUCAAAACCCUUUGCUGUACCCAUGCUGCAUGGAGCUUUACUGAGGUCAUACUGUCCCUUGUCACGCUGAUCUGCUUACAUACAUGCUGCUUUCACAUUAUGUUAUCAAUAGUGGAGGAAACCACUUGCAGGUAUCGUGUUAGAGCUGAGUUUGCAAUUCAGUAUUGGGUGAUCACUGUUUCUAUCAACGUUUUCACUGCAAAACUAUAUUCAUAGUCUGAAUAUAGGCACUGAAUUGUACCUCUACAGCGUCUUUUGUGGUAACUCCCAGAGACUUUGGACUUUGUAUGUUGGAGUAAUUUAUCUUCUUUCUAGAUGUGUGUUUUAUUCCUGAGAAUAGCAUAUUUUGAGACAGUGAGGAAAAGCUGUUUGAAUGUAGUUACCCAAAUGAUUUCUUCCCAGCGUACAUUUAUUUUACGUGCGUGGUUCUACUUCUAUAGAACAAUUACACAAGUGUUAACAUAUUCCUGUAAAACUUCUGGACUAAAGGGAAACUGCUUCUACAUGCAGAAAUAGAAACACAUAUGAAAUGACUGUGCCAAGAAUGUGCAGAAAUCCAGAACUUGAGCUUGGAUCUCCAUCAUCCAAGUCCUGUAUCUUGACUUGGAGACCAUGUUCUGCUCAUCACUGGUUUGUGUAUUCACAAGGUUGAACCAUCCCAAUGUAGUAAGAGCCUGUGAAGUUCCCGAGGAGAUGAACUUUCUUGUUAAUGACGUUCCUCUUCUGGCAAUGGAAUAUUGUUCAGGAGGUGACCUCCGGAAGUUGCUGAACAAACCAGAAAACUGCUGCGGCCUUAAGGAAAGUCAAAUUCUUUCUCUGCUUAGUGAUAUUGGGUCUGGUAUCCAGUAUUUGCAUGAAAACAGAAUUAUACACAGAGAUUUAAAGCCUGAAAAUAUUGUCCUUCAAGAUGAAGGUGGGAAGAUUGUCCACAAAAUAAUAGACCUGGGAUAUGCCAAAGAUCUGGAUCAAGGAAGUUUAUGCACAUCAUUUGUUGGAACAUUACAAUAUUUGGCUCCAGAACUCUUUGAGAAUAAAUCCUACUCUGUUACUGUUGAUUACUGGAGCUUUGGAACAAUGGUGUUUGAAUGCAUUGCAGGAUUUAGACCCUUCUUACAUAAUCUACAGCCUUUUACCUGGCAUGAAAAAAUCAAGAAGAAGGAUCCUAAGCACAUCUUUGCUUCCGAAGAGAUGAAUGGGGAGGUUCGAUUUAGUACCCAUUUGCCGCAGCCUCACAGCCUCUGUGGCUUAAUUGUAGAACCGAUGGAAAACUGGUUACAGCUGAUGCUGAACUGGGAUCCACAACAGAGAGGUGGAGGUGUAGAGCCCGAAACCAGUCGUCCAAAGUGUUUCCUGAUAAUGGAUCACAUACUGAAUUUGAAGAUAGUACACAUCCUAAAUAUGACCUCUGCGAAGAUUGUUUCAUUUCUCUUGCAUCCUGAGGAAAGCCUUCAUUCGCUUCAAAUUCGCAUCGAGUUUGAAACUGGAAUAAGUACUGGAAAUCAGGAACUGCUGUUGGAGACAGGAAUUUGCCUGGACCCUCGGAAACCUGCUUCCCAAUGUGUUAUUGAUGGCGUGAGAGGCUGGGAUAGCUACAUGGUAUAUUUGUUUGAUAAAAGCAGAACUGUCUACGAAGGACCCUUUGCUUCUCGGAGUUUGUCUGAUUGUGUAAAUUACAUUGUACAGGAUAGUAAAAUCCAACUGCCAGUUUCUCAGCUGCGCAAAGUGUGGGCAGAAGCAGUUCACUACGUGAUUGGGCUAAAAGAAGAUUAUAGCAGGCUUUUCCAGGGCCAGAGAGCUGCCAUGCUGAGUCUCCUUCGGUAUAAUGCCAAUCUAAUCAAAAUGAAAAACAACAUGGUGUCAGCAUCUCAGCAACUGAAAGCAAAGCUGGAGUUCUUUCAUCAGAGCAUUCACCUUGACCUGGAGAGAUACAGUGACCAGAUGGCUUAUGGCAUAUGUAUGUGUUUGGCUUCAGAAAAGAUGCUCAAAGCCUGGAAGGAGAUGGAAGAGAAGGCCUCUCAAUGUGCACAGGCUGAAGAUAUUGGGUAUCUCGAUGAACAAAUUAUGGCUCUGCACACAGAGAUUGUAGAGCUGCAGAAGAGUCCGUACGCAAGGCGCCAAGGAGAGGUCAUGGAGAAUUUGGAACAGAGAGCCAUAGACCUGUACAAGCAAUUAAAAACAAGACCCCCAGAUCACGCCUACAGUGACAGCACAGAUAUGGUGAAGAUUAUUGUGCAGACAGUACAGAGCCAAGACCGAGUUCUCAAGGAGCUCUUUGGCCAUCUCAGCAAGCUGUUGGGCUGUAAGCAGAAGAUUAUUGACUUGCUUCCAAAGAUUGAAGUGGCUCUAAAUAACAUCAAGGAAGCUGACAACUCAGUGAUGCAGAUGCAGGGCAAAAGACAAAGGGAGAUAUGGCACUUGCUGAAAAUUGCUUGUACUCAGAGCUCUUCUCGAUCGCUGGUAAGUUCCAGUCUGGAAGGGACAGCCUCAACUCCAGCUGCCACGUCGCUCCCACAGAGCUCCUCAGGGCAUGUACCUCACCCUCUUUCAUCUCUGACAGCUCCUGGAGAUGGGGAAACUUUCACCCAUGUGAUAGAAGAGAAUCUAAAUUAUCUUGACCUCUUUAGCAGCAUUUUGCAGGAGGCAAGACAGGAGCAGAGCAACAGUAUGAUGAGUCUUGACUGGAGUUGGCUAAAAUAGCCAGAGGAGAGGAGGAUCCAACCUGCUGCUAUCUGCAAAGUGCCUGCAUGCUCAGAGGUAGCCUGACAGGCUUUGAUAAGAUGAGAAGAAAGGAACCGGUAGUUUGCUUUGAAUGAUCCAUCACCUUUUGUUUUGCAAACAUUAGCGGAGUUGAUUACAAAGAUUGUGGUCAGUAGCAGAUAUAUAACUUUCAGUAACAAACAAUGUUUUACAAUCUGUUGUCUAGUUGGGCUUUCAACUAAAUAAGUAACCUGCUUGUUGGAGACAUUGCGCAACUGCAGCUUCUGCUGCGUUCACCUGUGGUUGCGACCUGUGGAAACGGCCAGUGAUCUCUCAGGGUGCAUCUCAUCUUUGUGAAGGCCAGCGCCUGACAGCUUUGCUGGGAGAGUUGGUGCUUGGGGCGACGUCGCUGGAGAACCUUAUUUGGAAGGAAACCCUGGGCCUCCAUGGUGGGAGCGAUGGUGAGGAGGAGAGGGCAGGCGGCCAGACUCUGCGCUCCAGAGUGGAGCACGUUCCCUGGGCCAGGUCUCACAGCUACCUCUGCGCUGAGCGAUGGGAGGCUGUCCGCUUGCAACAACAGGGCAGCAGAAGCUGCGUUCGUGCCUUAGCUGGUGGCCGAGGCCUCGCUGCCUGGCCUUGUGCUGCGCUCCUUCAAGCCGCGGCGGCGGGCGAGGGCGACGCGACAUCUCUGCCUUGGCCCCCGCGGAGGAGGUUCUCACCCACCCUCCACCCUGCUCCACAGUUCAGUUGUGUGCGUUA